GACACACCCUUGGGAUUUUGCUCUUGCGGCUUGUAGCUUUGCAUGGCCGGCUAGCUAUAUUAAAAUAUAGACUGUCUGUCUACGUCUGUGAGUACGAGUGUCUAUGCUGCUUAAGAAAUAUGGCUCGUAGACUAAUUCCAGCAGCACGGGACAAGCCUGGAGCUAUGGCAGAAAAAGGUAACUUCACUGGGAUUGGACGUGGCAGGGGACGAUCAAGAGGACGGGGUUUUAGUUUUGCAACUCAAGCUCCGGUUGAAGUGACUGGCGGUGGCGGUAGGAGAAGCAGAGAGGACAAGCAAGCACGUGUCCUUGUGGAACCUAAAUGGACACUUAGUACACCUUCUACGCAGUUCAUCAAAAGACAUAUUAUUAACCAUGGAGCUUAUGGAACUGUGCAUGUUGCUUUAUAUGGAGAUGCAAUAUGUGCCGCUAAGAUUUUACAUAAGGCACUAUACCAAUACAAGCGAGGUGCUCAUUCUCACCCUGUCGAACAGUUCAAAAAAGAGUGUGAUAUCCUACGCAAGAUAAUACAUCCAUGUGUUGUCCAAUACUUAGGUGAGGCUGUUGACCCUGAUUCUGGUUUGCCUGUUCUUUUCAUGGAAUUAAUGGAUACGAAUCUUACUGAAUUUUUAGAAAGAUCAGGAUCUCCACCACCAUACCACUUGCAAGUCAAUAUUUGUCAUGAUAUUGUUUCUGCACUUUCUUACCUUCAUUCCAUCAAUUAUAUCCAUGGAGAUGUUUCCAGCAACAAUAUUUUGCUCAGUUUAGAUUCUUAUAGAGCUAAACUCUCUGAUUUUGGUAUGUCUAAACUUUCAAGUGAAGCAAUAGAUGUGGAAGCUGGUCUUGGCUCUAUUGUAUAUUUAGCCCCAGAAUGCACCUCUUUUCAGACAGUGUGCACAAACAAGAUCGAUAUCUUUUCUGUGGGUGUGAUUGGCUUACAGAUUGCUACAUGUGAGUUUCCUGAACCUAGCCCAAUAUACAAUAUCUCAGAAGUUGAUCGCCGACAAAACCACAUUCAAAUCAUUCCUGAUAGCCAUCACCUUAAAAGCAUAUUCAUUGCCUGUUUGCACAACGUCCCAGACGAAAGGCUUUCAGCUCAUCAAUUAUGUGAGCGUUUCCUGGCCCAAAAAAACACAUCAACAUAUAAAGACAGCAUUCAGAGCUCCAAAUCUCAUGAAGUUGAAAGCCUUCAAACGAAAUGUGACACAUUGACUCUUACGAUACAAGAGCUUACUGGUUAUAAUGAGAAGCUGCAAAUGGAGCUUCAAAGAAAAAAUGAAGAAGCCGAAACAUUCUUGGCAGAGAUUGAUUCUCAAAGAAAAAUGACAUCUUCUUUAAGAAGUGAAUUAGAGAGUUUCAGGAGAGAAAAGCGUUCCCAGGGAGCCUCUAUUUUUAGACGUAUGGGUCUUUUUAAUACUGAAACAGAGCAGAAGCUGAGACAAGCUGAACAAGAAAAAAGGGAAGCAUUAGAAGAAUGUGAACGAACAAAAAAGGAAGCUAACUCAUACAAGAAGAAGAUCGAGGCAAAUUUGGCAUCAUGUCGAAGCCAGUUUGAGGGUGCUCUCGGGAAAUAUGAUGACAUGGAACAGGAAUUUAGUAGAACAUCACGUUUGCUCGAGCAACAAACUGUGCAGCUUAAGGAUGCUUGCAAGGAACUCAGUGCCGAGCGUGAGAAGACAGAAACAUUGGAAAUACAAGCUGGUGAAAGGGAAGAGAAAAUUCAAAGCCUUACAUUAAUCCUACGAAAAGCAAAACAACAGCUAACACUAGAUGAUGAUGUAUAUGAUAAUGACCUACAGCAAGAUCAAGAGCUACUCAGCACACACGAAGAUUUGUUACCCCCCUUGUACGACUCAUUUCCACUGUCUAGGCAGCGCUCAUUUAGGGAUUUGCACAUACCUCAGCCAACAUCUCAUCGUGGUCCCAACACGUACAGGUCAAGAACAGCUCCUGUUUAUAUUGGACGUAAUUUAUAUACUAAGCCGGUGUCACAAAGGUCGGUCGAUUCACCACUUCGUAGCAUGGUCCCACCACCAAUGCACAUGAGUAACAGGCAUCGACUACACACAGCACCUCAAUUGGCACAGUACACAGAGAAGUACAUGUACCAGCAACAAUCUUCAGUUGUAAGCUCUCCCCACUCACCUGAUGAUAUCUCCUAUCAGCAGCUAUCACAAAGGUCGGUCGAUUCACCACUUAGUAGCAUGGUCCCACCAAUGCAUAUGAGUAACAGGCAUCGACUACACACAGCACCUCAAUUGGCACAGUACACAGAGGAUGAAGCAUUCCCCUUACCAGAUCAACAUGACCAACAAAACUAUCAAGAGUACUUAUUGGAUCAUGAUGAAUAUCUUGCCGUGUUGAUGCAACAGUGUAACAUCAUAUCUCGAGACCAACCCUGGGAAGCAAUCUUCGCAGUUUGUAGAAAUGAACCAAGUCUCGUAGAGUCACUGAAAAACCUACUUGAAACAUUUGGAGAGCUAAAAGUUGCUUCAUUCUCGAUCAAGUUUGAAGACACUGCUGUGAUUCUCAAUAUUCCAGAAGAUGAAAUAAAGAGACAAGGAUACUCCAUUACCACUGAUGUUCAUCCUUGCAAAAUUAAAAAGACUGAGGUCAGACAGUCAAUGGAAAGUAGAGCCACAGCAAUUUACCCUCCACGUUGCACCCUUACGAUAACCCCUCUACCCAAAUGUGAGAAAACGUUGAUGGUAACUCUUACGUUGGAAGGCGUUGAGACUUGUAGCAAUCAGAGACAGUUUUGUCUCACGUCUCCUCGUUUGCUGGCCAGUCCACAACAAGUAUUCAAUCCACAAACACCACAACUUGAUCCCAAAUCAGAAGGGAUCGAAGCUCAUACCAAUGAUGUUGCUAAAUUGUUGGGAACAGAAUUAACUCAAUCCCAAAAAACGUUUCAAUUUGGCCAAGCUCUAGGAGUGGAGUACAGAGUGCUGACAGAACUAAAUCGUAAAUCACAAUUCCAACAAGGGCAUAUCUCACCAUCCUAUCAAUUUUUCUGUGAGACUGUGGAGUACUGGAGGAAACAACAUGACAGCACACCGAGUUGGGAGAAUAUUGUCCUCGCACUUCGGACAAUCAAGGAACCAAAAUUAGUUUCUGUAGUAGUGAAACAUUUAAGAAAUGGUUCCUAGUGUUUUUGAUAACUGUACGUUAAUUCUCGCUAUUGUCAUAAUAAAUUAUCUAUUUGCAUAGAUGUACAAUCUACAA